GCCCCCUCCCCCUGGAGUCCAGUACAACCAUUCCUUGGCUUCCAACCUUUGGUACCAGCCAAAGCAGCCAGCCUGGCCAUUUACAUUCCCUGCAGCAGGCAGACUGAGCUCACCCAGAGCUCUGAGUGCUCCGCAAUAGCCACGUGGAUGUCCCGGGGGAAGGAUCAAACCCCAGUCGCACCUCUCAGGAGUCGUUUUGUGCUGUUGCAGUGAUCAGGAACAGCCAUGCCGAUGGCAGAGGGGCCAUGGGAGGGGGCCAGGGCCCACCAGACCCAGAGGGCGAGGAAUGCACCAGGGGAGCAAUUCUAGCCAGAUCCUGCCAGGAAUCACCCCCAGCGAUGAAGGACUUCACUGAAAUCACGCUGUGCCCCGACAGGCUGGAGCAGAGUAAGACGGAGUUUUGCAAUCCCAUCUUCGAGCCUGAGAGCGAGGGGGCUGGCUGCGCACCCCCCACUCCGCACCAGAUGGCAGGGGAGAACGGGAGCAGCACUGGAUCCUCCUGGGAUGGCCUCGCUCCCCCCGCAGGCCAGCGGCUCUGGGGCAGGGCGGGCAGGAAGCACGGGCCCGACUGCAAGUUCUCCUGGCUGUGCGUAGCACUGAUGAGUGCAUUGCUCUUGCUGCUACUCGCCUUGCUGCUGGGGAUCAUCAUCUCCCAGCUGCAGUCCUCACACUCAGCCGGACCCUCCUCUGCGACUGCAUCUGCCCACCAUCACCACGCCACCACAGCACCUGCAGGCACCGCCGAGCCACAGAGAGAGCCGCCCCCAGCUACUACACCAGAGCCCUCCUGUGGGGGGACCCUGAAGGGCCCCGAGGGCUCCCUCAGCUCCCCCAGGUACCCUGCCCCCUACCCACCCAACACCCUGUGCGUCUGGCGCAUCCAGGUGGAGGACGGGCUGGCCAUCCAGCUAAAGAUCGAGUCACUCAGCCUGGAAGGCACAAGAUGGUGCCUCUUCGACAGGGUGGAGCUGUACGAAGAGCUGGGAGCAGCCAGCAGCUCCCCUUGGGGAGGGGCAUCCAGGUUUUGUGGGGACGUGGCGCCCCCGACAAUCAACACCAACUCCAACCGGCUGCGCGUCACCUUCGUCUCGGACAACAGCGUGGGUGCCCUGGGGUUUACCGCCCACUACCACGCCAUCGUGCCCAGUGACAAGAGCUGUGCCUGGGACGAGUUUUUCUGCGACCAGGGGCUCUGCCUCCACCUGGGCCUUGUCUGUGACGGCUUCCACGACUGCACGGACAAGAGCGACGAAGCCAACUGCAGCUCGAGACACAAAGAAUGCGGUGGGUCGCUGACCAGCUUGGAGGGGCAGUUCUCCACCCCAAGCCACCCCCAGCCGUACCCGCAUCAGCAGCUCUGUCUCUGGCAGAUCGCCGUGCCCGUGGGCCAUGUGAUCGAUCUGCAGUUCCACAACUUCAGCUUGGAGUCGCAGGAGGACUGCACCUUUGACUUUGUGGAGGUGCAUGACAGUGCAGGCACGGAUGCCCUCAGCCUCCUGGGCAGGUUCUGUGGCUCCCAGUUGCCGCCCGUCCUGACCUCCUCACGACACGUCAUGACCGUCCUGUUCAUGGCAGAUGAGGGCGUGGCGGAGGACGGGUUCUUUGCCACCUACCGUGCCCGGAACGCCACAGAAAAAACAUGCAGCCCCUUGGAGUUCUCCUGCAGAAACGGGGAGUGCCAGGCGCGGGAGUCGGUGUGUGAUGGCUGGCAUGACUGCCCGGAUGGGAGCGAUGAAUUCAACUGCACUAGUGUCUCACCCCCCUCCUUUGAGUCCUCCUGCCAGCAGAUCCAAGUGGAGGUGUGCUUGGGUCUCAGCUACAACACCACCUCCUUCCCCAACAUCUGGCUGACCAUCCCAGACCAGCAGGAAGCGGCCACCAUGCUCCGAGACUACAAGACCCUGAUGGGGCUCUCCUGCUACCAGCACCUGCGCCUGCUGAUCUGCAGCCUCUUCGUGCCCAAGUGCACGCCGGACGGGGGCGUCCUGCAGCCCUGCCGCUCCGUGUGCCUGACGGCAGAGCAGCGCUGCCAGCAGGCCCUCAGCCUCCUCAGCAUCCUCUGGCCCAUCAACUGCAAUGUCCUCCCUGACUCCAACGACCCCGUGGAGUGCUUCAAGCCAUGAGGGGGAGGUGGGGCCCGGCGAGUGGAAGGGUGGGGCUGGCUCUUCCCGCCCCAGCCAGGCCAGAGACGCGACCUGUCUGGCUUUGGGGUGGGUGGAGACUCGAACCCUUCUCUGAGCUAUGCCCUCCCCUUCCAACGCGUUUCCCUUCAGGGACCUGAGGACAUGGGGAGAGCCUGUGGGGCCUAGGAGCCCCAAAUAAAGGUGCUGGAGAAGAAACCACCCACCCUGAGACUGGGAGCCUGCUGCCCCAUAACUCCCCAUGGUGUCCCCCAUAACAGUCCCCUGUGGGAGCCACCAGGGCUGGCCCUAAGUGCCCAGAAUGCGAGUGACUGGCUGCUGGGGUCCCCACACUGCAUAGCCACAGCACUUCGGCAACGUCUGGCCCCAUCUCCCCAGUCCUGUAGUGGGGUCAAAGGGUCCGCCAGCUCGUGCCUUCUCACCCACCACAUCCUCCGAUACACCCCGUCCUACACCCCCUGCAUGACCGAGGGAAAAGAAAAAACAAAUACUUCUUUGACUCAGUUUCCCCAUCUGUAAAAUGGAGACAAUGCUACUUCCCUAACAACCAGGGGGUUGUAAGGAUAAAAGCAUAGCUACAUGGGGCCCUGUUGUGAUGGCGGGGGCCAUAGAAGUACCUAGGUAGAUGAAUGACAAAAAACACCUUAAGAAAUGGCACCUACCCCAGCAUCACGCUUCGUUUUACAAACCUUCCGGUGCCCGAGCCUCUAACUUGACAUCUCAUCUGGGCAGCAGGGGGCUGGAGGGCUGCUUCCCCAAUGCCACGGCAGCUUAAGACAUAGCACCCAUUGGCACACUUCAGUUCCUUGGCCCAGUUCUGGCACCGGACAGCUGUCUUUCCACCUUACCCGAAUGCCACUUGUACACAGGGUAAAGAGUUAAUCAGCUCACCACGCAGACCUGCAGGCUAAGGCAAGGGCCAGUGCACUGUGUUCCACUUGACUUGGCUGGCAGUGCCUGGGGUGCUGGCCAGAACAGCAGCGUGGGCUCCAAUGCCCUUGGCACGACUCUGUGUGUCUAAUAAACAGCUGCAGCAUUUUGCAACUACAA